CUGCCGGGAAGCUGUCAGAGUGCUACCACGGUCCACGGAUUUCGCACGAAUAGGUUUUCGUUGCUUGGUUUUUCGUUCCGUUUAUAUAAUAUUUUGGAGUUCCAAGAGGUGUUUGACCUUCCAUUCGCCUCGUUAUGACCGACGUGAUUGUACAGGGUUCUGCUGAACCCGAAGACGCUGGGGAAAAGCCUGCCCAGACACUAUCUGGACCAAUUGUUGGCAUUAUCUAUCCGCCACCGGAAGUUCGCAAUAUCGUCGAUAAAACGGCAAGCUUUGUUGCCCGAAACGGACCUGAGUUUGAAAGCCGAAUCAGACAGAAUGAGUUAGGGAAUCCGAAGUUCAACUUCUUGAGUCCAGGAGAUCCGUAUCACGCGUAUUAUCAGCACAAAGUACGGGAAAUCCGAGAAGGAAGAAAUGAUAUCAGCUCCGCUGUAGUUCCAGCUGGAAUUCAACAGCUAAAAAGUGCUGCUAGUGCGGCUGCACAGUUGAAGCAACAGGAGCUUCUAAAAGCGGUGCGGGAAGAGCAGUUUGUGCCCAAAGAUCCUCCACAAGAGUUUGAGUUUAUAGCUGAUCCCCCUUCAAUUUCGGCAUUGGAUUUGGAUAUAGUUAAGUUAACGGCUCAGUUUGUUGCUCGCAACGGUAGGCUGUUCUUGACUAAUUUAAUGAACCGAGAGCAAAGAAAUUACCAGUUUGAUUUUCUGCGACCACAGCAUUCAUUGUUUCAAUAUUUUACUAAGCUGUUGGAACAGUACACAAAAAUUUUGGUUCCGCCCAAGGACCUGAUGAACAAGUUAAAGAUCGAGAGUGCUCCUGGUCGGAGCAGUAUGAAUGUUGUACUGGAGCAAGUCAAGUACAGGGCCAACUGGAAUAAACAUCAAGACAUGCAAAGACGCAGAGAGGAAGAGAAGGUAGAACGGGAGCGCGUAGCCUACGCUCAAAUCGAUUGGCAUGAUUUCGUGGUUGUUGAAGUUGUGGACUAUCAGCCGUAUGAGAGUGGAAAUUUUCCUCCUCCUACAACUCCAGACGAGGUAGGAGCUCGUGUGCUUAUGGAGGAGCGUUUGACAGAGGACGAUCACGAUAUAGAGAUGCAGAUUGAAUCCGACGAUGAGGAAAGUGAUGACGAUAGACCAACGAACACAAAUAUUAGGUUAUCCAAAAUGGAGAAUCGUUUGGGACAAGGAACCACUCUGCGAAAAGAUAAUAACCAAAUUCAGGAUAUGGACGAAUCGACUUCAUCGAGCGAGGAAGACGAACCAGAGCGUCCGGGACGUGAUAAACCGAUUCCAGCUGCACCACAGCCACCACCGAUUGCUCCGCCCACACACGAUAAGGUUAUUGUUAAAAAAUAUGAUCCUAAACAGUCCCAGAAAACACAAAAACCUCCGAGCGUUGUCGGUGAUGAUUAUCUUAUUUCGCCCAUUACCGGCGAGAAAAUUCCAGCCUCAAAAGUUGCUGAACAUAUGCGUAUUGGCCUACUAGAUCCACGUUGGGUCGAACAACGGGACAAACACAUCGAAAAAGUUGCUCAAGAGAACGUUUAUGCUCCUGGUGCUGCGAUUGAGGCAAGUUUGAAAAAAUUAGCUGAACGACGUACCGAUAUUUUCGGUGUUGGCGAUGAGGAAGCAGCCAUUGGAAAGAAGCUCGGUGAGGAGGAAACCAAAAAGGACGAUCGAGUUACUUGGGAUGGACACACAUCCAGCGUGGAAGCAGCUACUCGGGCGGCUAGAGCUAAUAUAACCCUGGAGGCUCAGAUUCACCAGAUUCACAAGAGCAAGGGUUUGAUAACGGACGAAGAGAAAGAAAAAAUCGGACCGAAACCGAUUCCCGGAACGGUCGCGCUAGCACCACCGAAGCCUCCAGUACCGGUUCCUCAGCCGCCUCCACAUACGACCGCAUCGCAACUGCAUCAACAACCACCAAAACCGAUUCAAGUACCUCAACAUCCACAACACCACCAACACCAGAUUCAACCCCCACCACCGAUGAUGAUGCCCAUGGGUAUGGCUAUGGGACCGCCACCAAUGAUGCCACCGCCGUUCUCCGUCGGUUUCGGUGUUCCGCCGAUGCCUCCGCACGGUGUUCCAACCAUGGCACCGGUUCCUAACAUUCCCGAACCUUCGUCUGCCGGUGGAGGUCCAAUGGUUGAUUUGGAUGAACCACCGAACAAAAAGUCUCGCACCGAAGAUCAUCUGAUUGAGGAGAAUGUAUUCAUGCAGCGUCACAAAGGACCAGUGACGAUUCAAGUGCAGUGUCCUAAUUUGUCCGAGAAGAGCGAAUGGAAGUUGUCCGGACAGACUAUUUCGAUGCAGCUUCAGCUCACCGAAACUGUCAGCACAAUGAAAGGGAAACUGCAAACGGAAACUGGAAUGCCUCCUGCCAAACAGAAGAUAUUCUACGAGGGGAUGUUCUUCAAGGAUAGCAACACUAUUGCUUACUACAAUCUGCUUAGCGGAGCAACCGUUCAUCUACAACUCAAGGAACGUGGUGGUCGCAAGAAGUAAAACUGGAUAGUCACACCUAAAACAAGGUAAUUCUUCUCAUAAAAUUAUAUUGAACAAUCUAAUUAUACCGAAUGCUGCUACCUUAGCGGCAAAUUGAUCUUUUAUUUUUUUUCCAAUGUCCUUAAAAACUAUGCAUCUAACAAAUAAUAAAAUCAACAUUAUGAGUGUAUGCAGCUCCGCUAGUA